AUGGCUCCAGUAAUGAAGCCUUCAAGAGGCCGAGAAGCAGACGGAUCUGAUUUCCAAUCGAGCAAUCUCUGGGUCGGUAGUUUGACGACCGAUACUACAGAAUCCGAUCUGGCCGAUCUGUUCGGAAGGUUCGGUGAAAUCGACAGAGUCACUGUGUAUUCUUCCCGUAGCUUCGCUUUUGUAUACUACAGGCGCGUCGAGGAAGCUGUGGCGGCGAAGGAGGCGCUUCAAGGUGCAAACUUGAAGGGGAGUCAGAUUAAGAUCGAAUACGCGAGACCGGCAAAACCUUGUAAGAGUCUUUGGGUGGGUGGAAUCAGCCCGAGUGUCUCAAAGGAUGAGCUCAAGGCAGAGUUCAGGAAAUUUGGGAAAAUCGAAGAUUUCAGGUUCCUUAGGGAUCGCAAGACAGCUUUUAUUGACUUUUGUGACAUGGACGACGCUAUACAGGCAAAGAGCAUGAACGGAAAGCGUAUAGGUGGGAGUUUUCUGCGAGUUGAUUUUCUUCGGUCUCAAGGGCCAAGAAAAUAUCCUCACUCAUUUGGAGAUGGACAACCAAGUAAGGAAGGACUACAGGGAAGCUUAUUCAACGAUCCAGGAAUCACAAUUAUGUACAAACACGAUAUCAUUCCCCCUGAACGAGGAUAUGACACUGGUUUGAAUUCUGGUGUCAAACGGUCAAGGCCUGAGACGUUCAUCAAUGAUCCUCCAUACAUAUCAUCUCCACACUCCAGCGUUGUUCUUGACCCUACGAGGCCCUUCCGAGGUAGCAUGGAACGUUUGCAUAGUGGUCCAGAAUAUAGCAAAGUGGUUGGUAAGGAAGGAAGCUGGAGGAGGCCAUCUCCAACUGGUGCUGGAUUACUUCCGUCUCCUGCACCAAGUACAAGGCUACCCUUUAUGUCAAACCGUGGUUCUUGGGAAGGGUAUGAUCCUGCUCAGUUGGAUAGAGAACCUAAAAGAAUCCGUAGAGAUGGAUCAGUAGAUGAUCGGGCAUAUGGGCGUGCCUCAGUUGCAGCUAGACCGGGGCGUGGUUUUCCUGAUACUGAUUUCAUUUGGAGGGGAGUCAUUGCCAAAGGUGGAACUCCUGUGUGUCAUGCUCGUUGUGUUCCUAUUGGAAAAGGGAUUGAAACAGAACUCCCUGAGAUGGUCAAUUGUUCAGCAAGAACGGGUUUGGAUAUGCUUGCAAAGCAUUACACCGAAGCAGUUGGAUUCGAAAUAGUUUUCUUCUUACCAGACAGCGAAGACGAUUUCGCGUCUUACACUGAAUUUCUCCGCUACCUUGGUUCAAAUAAUCGAGCAGGCGUUGCCAAAUUAGAUGAUGGAACCACUUUGUUCUUGGUUCCUCCAUCAGAUUUCUUAACUCAUGUCCUCAAAGUAUCUGGUCCAGAACGGCUAUAUGGUGUUGUUCUCAAAUUGCCUCCCCCACCUGUUCCUGCAGCAUCAUCGUAUAGACAAGAAUCUCAGCCCAUUCCUCAAUCCUAUUUGGAUCAAUCUCGGGAUUCGCCUGCCAAUGCCAAUAACGGUUUGUAUGAUCGAGCCUUGUUUGAUUACAACAGGAGUAUGCAGGAAGAAGUGAAGCCUCCUCCAAAAGCAUUGUUUGCUCCUUCUAGCGAGCCUGUUUCUGUAUCUAACACUGCAAUGCCUCAAGCCGGGGUUAGUCUAACUCCCGAGCUAUUAGCCACUCUGGCCUCCUUACUCCCUGAAACUUCUCGAUCUAUUAUUGCCUCUGAGAGUCACCAAUCCGUUGGAGUGUCUAAUGUAGAAGCUCCGUCCCAAGCUUGGAAUCGAGACCAGCCAAUGGUUUCUGAACCAUUGAAUCGAUCAUUCCAACAAUUUGGAAAUCAAUACAAUCCUCCGAUACAUUAUCCUCCAGUAUCAAGCACACCGAGCUACUCCAGUGGAAUGGUACAUGGUGGUAUGCAAUACCAAGCCCCAUAUGUUAGUAUGCCUCAGCAGGCGCCGUUACCUUCUCCUUUAUCGAAUAAUUACGCCACGUACUCACAAGGUUCACAUCAAGCUGUUUCUCAACCCAUGAGACCACAAUAUCAACCUGAAGCUCAUAUGCUUAACCAAAACUACAUACCGGUCCCUGGAGCUGAGAACCCUGCUUUGCAUGUUUAUCAGCAAGGUAAUUAUCACGGUCUGGCAAAUAAUCAAGCGCAUAGCGGAAAUUAUUCCCAUUCUCAAACUGCGAUGCAACCACUAGCGAACAAGACAAACUUGGAUCCGUCUGGCCAUGCACAGCAGCAGCAGCUCCAGACUUUGCUCCCUGGAGCUAAUCAAGGUACUUCAGAUGGUGAGGUCGAUAAGAACCAGCGAUAUCAGUCUACACUACAGCUUGCUGCUAACCUUCUUCAACAGAUUCAGCAACAGCAGCAACUGCCAUCAAAUGCUUCGACUGGACAACGGCCUUGA